ACCCGGGAGUAACCGUACUCAGUUGACGUGUCUUGACGAUUCGUAGUACUAAUACAGUCAGUUUGCCUGUCGUUGUGGUAGAGUGAGGAGAAACUAAAUUAAUAUUCGAGAAAUGCCCCAAUAGUUAAAAUAAAAAACACCUAGAUUUGACUUCAUAGAAAUUGUGAGGCUGUAAGGAAGGGCAUCAGCCUAGUGAGUGACUGACCAUGCUGAUAAACUUACCAACGGUAGUACGAUACUGGAGGACCGUGGUGGUGGUGCUCACGCCACUCAUAUUCUGCUUCAUCCCUUUGGUCUGGAAUAUAACGGCAGCAAGAUGUGGGUACGUGAUCACUAUUAUGGCAGUAUACUGGAUGACGGAGGCGCUGCCACUGGCUAUUACAGCGCUCAUCCCAGUGUUCGCCUUCCCUCUGCUAGGAAUUCUUUCCACCGGAUCUGUCUGCAUUGUCUACAUGAAGGAAACUAACAUGAUGUUCCUGGGUGGCCUAACAGUUGCUAUCGCUGUCGAGCAUUGUAACCUGCACAGGCGCAUUGCUCUCGGAGUUAUUCUCUUAGUUGGUCAGUCUCCACGCAGAUUAAUGGCAGGAUUCAUGCUGACUACAAUGUUUUUGUCUAUGUGGAUCUCCAACACAGCCACCACAGCCAUGAUGGUGCCCAUAGUGGAUGCCAUUUUGACAGAGUUGUACUCGACCCAUGAUGGAGGGGAGACUGGCACAGAUGGUAUGGACCUGAGUGUAUAUCCUCCUCACCAGAGUCAGUUGGAGCUGGUCAACAAUAGUGAACCGGUCUCCAGCGUACAUCCUGGCAGCGAGUGCAAGAAUGGAAAACUGGAAAAAGUGAUUGAGGAUACAAAGGUUGAUCAGGAGGAUAAGAAGCCUGAAGGCCACACAGGCUUGACCCCCAUACCUCCCAACGAGGAGUGCCGUGCCCUCAGGGACAUGUGCUUCUUGGCCACUGCUUACUCGGCCAACCUGGGAGGCACUGGUUCACUCACAGGCACUGGGCCCAAUCUGGUGGUGAAGGGCGUUCUUGCCAGUACUGAGCAUGCUGGACAUGCACUGGAAUCAAUGAAUGGGAAGACUGAGAGAGCAGACUACAACCUUAAUGACCAAGAUACAGGAUUGGACAGAGAUCGUAAGAAGGAUCCUGUGGUCAGGAAUACACGGGUAAUGCUUUUAAUGUCAGUGAUGUAUGCUGCUAAUAUUGGAGGCACAGGAGUACUAACAGGAUCUGGAACCAACUUGGUACUCAAGGGAUUUUUGCAGAGUUCCUACAGCGAGCCCACUGGCCUCAACUUUCUGUCGUGGAUGGUGUUCAACAUUCCCGGGAUGUUGAUCUGUGUUUUUAUUGCCUGGAUAUGGCUACAGAUCUACUUCUCAGGAGCAUUAUGUUGUCGAAAGACGAAAGUGAUCCAAGAACCAACUAAUGAUCGGAAGGCUGCAGUGAAGAAGCUUGUGUUGUCAAAAUACCGUGAACUUGGUCCCAUGGCCUUCCAAGAGGUUGUGGUCUUGACACUCUUUAUCAUUCUAGUAUUACUCUGGCUCUUCAGAGCUCCAGAGUUUAUCCCUGGAUGGUCAGAUUUGUUUACGGAUGCUUUUGGGGUGAAAGUUGAUGAUGCAACACCAGCAAUCCUAAUAGUCUUUCUGCUGUUUGCUCUGCCAGCAAAGCUUAACUUCUGGUGCUUCAGGCAGCCUAAUGAUCCAGAGCCAGACCGUUCAGAUAAUAAUUCCUGCCUGACGUGGAAGGUAGUACAGGAGAAGAUCCCUUGGGGUGUGGUGCUGCUUCUAGGUGGUGGCUUUGCCAUGGCUGAAGGUGCCAAGGAGUCUGGUCUGUCACAGGUGCUGGGGGACUCAUUAAAAGGUUUAGAAAAUUUUAACAGUGUAACCAUCGUGUUGAUGACGACUUUUGCAACUGCCAUGCUAACAGAAGUAGCCUCUAACACUGCCACAGCUUCUAUACUGCUACCAGUCCUGAAUGAGGUGGCAUUGAACAUCAAUGUGAACCCUCUGUACCUGAUGCUGCCAGCUGCUAUUUGCUGCUCCUAUGCUUUCAUGCUACCAGUUGCCACACCUCCUAAUGCCAUAGUCUUUGGGGCUGCAGGCAUGCGUUCCAUUGAAAUGAUACUUGCAGGAGGCAUGAUGAACAUUCUCUGUGUCGUCGUCAUCAACAUUAUGAUCAACACUUACGGGGUCUACCUGUUUGAUCUCAACACAAUGCCUGCCUGGAUCAAUUCAACAACGAUUCCAUAACAACACAAUAUGACAAGAUGUGACCAAAUUACUGUAAUGAUGUGAUAUUAUAUUCUUAUUAUUAGAUUGUGAAAAAGUCACAUUGGAAUAUACUUGUUAUAAAACCUCAUUAAAAUAUACCUAAGAU